AUGACGGACACGGCAUUGCAGGAGCGCCUGCGCGACCAUGCAAAGGCCUUUGAUGGCCUCCUUUCUCUCAUUCCCGCCAAGAUGUACUACGGGGAGGACACAAGCGAUCAAUGGAGGAAAAAGAAGCAGACCAAGGAUCAGGCCAGAGCCGCAAAAAGGGGAAAGCUUGACCCCGACAGUGAGCUUAACCGCAAUGCCAAGGAGGUGCUCGACGAGCGGGCGCGGAACAAGCGCAAGCUUCAGGAGAUGGAGGCCGACGAGGAGAGCGAGACUGGAUCCGACGAGGGCGACGAGAGCGAUAUCUCCGGGAUAGAGAAGGAGAAGCCGGGCGAGGGAUUGAAGAAGAAGCUGAAGCUGGACGAGGAAGAGGAGGACGCGAAACCGAAGAAGGAGAAGAAGGUUGUCGAGGAGACCGAACAGGCCAAGAGCGAGGAUUCUUUGGGCAAGAAGCAGAAGGCUAAAGAGGAGAAGAAGCUCGCCAAGAAGCAAAAGAAGGAGGAGGAUAAACGGCUGAAAAAGGAGGGAGCCAAGAAGGAAAGGAAGUCGGAGAAGGCCGAGACCAAGGAGCCUGCUGUCGACAAGGAAGAUGCCGAGAGCGGCGCUGAGGAGUCCGAAGCGGAAGACGGCCCAGUCCAUCCAUCCACCGAAGCCGACAACAAUGAUGGAGACAUGGCGCCCAUUGAUGUAUCCGGGCUCAUCAACGACGACGACGGCCCUGCGGGAUCAUCAGCAGAUUCGGAGCCAAAUUCGCCAGUAUUCGAUACCACCAAGAACGCGUCGGUCGAGCUCGCCAGCACCACAACCUCGAUAUCCUCUGCCGUUCCCCCAUCAGAGAAACCCAAGUAUCUCAAAAUCCCGGCCGACACCACUGCGCUCCGCGCCCGCCUAGAAGCGAAGCUCGCUGCCUUGCGUGCAAAACGCAAGGCCGACGACCCCGAGGGCAAGCCCAUCCGGACCAGACAAGACCUGAUUGAGUCGCGGCGCCAGAAGCAGGCCCAGCGCAAGGCUCACAAGCAGGAGUUGCGCCGGCUAGCCAAGGAGCAGGAGGAGAAAAAGAGGGAGGAAGCAUUAGCGAGCGCCCGCGACUCGCCGGGCCUCAGCCCGCUCUUCGAGAAAGACGACGACGGCACCCCCACCAACUUUGCCUUUGGGCGCCUGACCUUCUCCGACGGCACCCAGCUGUCGCACGACCUGAGCUACGAAAAGACGCCUGGCGGCGCCAAGAAGGGGCCCUCGGACCCCAAGACGGCGCUCGCCAAGCUCGAGGCGCAAAAGAAGCGCCUCCAGGGCAUGGACGAGAACAAGCGCAAGGAGGUGCUCGAGAAGGAGACAUGGCUGGCGGCGCGGCGGCGGGCCGAAGGCGAGAAGGUGCACGACAGCGAGUCGCUCCUGAAAAAGGCGCUCAAGCGCAAGGAAAAGGCAAAGAAGAAGUCGGAGCGCGAGUGGAAGGAGCGUGCCGAGGGCGUGACGAAAGCCAUCCAGGACCGCCAACGCAAGCGCGAGGAGAACUUGCGAAAGCGCCGCGACGAGAAGGCGGCUAAUAAGGGCGGCAAGAAGAAGAAUAAGGGGGUUCAGACCAAGAAGAAGAAUAGGCCUGGGUUUGAGGGAGGGUUUGGUGCGGGGAGGAAAUAG